GGCGUCUCUUCCCUGGUACUAGGUGUUACUGUUGCCUGGGUCCCUCAGCUGGACCCGCCCCUCUCUCAGCCUUCUAACCCAAUGUAACCAUUUCCUUGUAUAGACUUUGAAACACCCACAUAGUUUCUAUGUUCUGGAACAGACCCUUGGCUGUGUGCAGUGUUGUAUUUGUCCAUGUAUGUAUCUUUUUAUUUAUGUGUAACCAGGUAUUUAACAGAGGCACAUCCAAAUGACCCCAAAUCACUAACACGAGGGAAAGGAAAAAGAAAAGUCACCUGGAAAAGGAAAGGUUAAGAAUUUUAGGCUGAGAAAAAAAAAUUUUCGUCUUUAAACUUCUUCCCUGCUUCUUACUGGGUAGGGAGAAGGAGCCUCAAGAAUUUGGCCCUGUUAAAUAAAAUGAGUUCUAAUGCCAAAGUUUCUGCAGAGGCUUUGAGUUGCAAAGGAGAAAAGACCAGGGGGGUUGGUCCUUUGUUCAGCAGGCCAUCAUAGGUCAGUUUUAGAUUUGCAGAGAGGCCUGAAGCUUCAUUGCUCAGGGAACAGAGAGUCUCUUGCUUUGCAUUGGCGAUCUGCAAGAAUUUUGGAGAUUCUUAGAGAGAUACCAAUGAAGGCGGGAGUGGGGAGGGCCUGAGGACGUGCACAACCAGCAAAUAUCCCAAAUGACCAAUGAAUUUAGAAUAUCGAUAUCUCACAUUUGACUAAAUUUUAACUACAAAAGUUACAUAUUGAUAUAGGGUCACCAUAUCGUAUUCAAGAAAUUUAAAACCACAUGGAGUAAAAAAAGGAAGAAACCCUCAUUUCCCCACUUUCAUCCCCCUCCAGCAGGCGUCCAAGGAGAUCCUGUUGUGUAUAUUAUCCACUAACUUUCUUUUUUCACUUAACAGUACAUCUUCCAAUGGCUAAAUAACAUUCCUUAUCUGGGUAUCACGACUCAUUAUAAUGUCAGUUGGUAUGCAUUUCUCUUGUUUCCGAUUUUGAAAUUACCAUAAAAAGCGAUGCCUUGUGACUUACCUACUUGCACUGGAGCAAGAAAUUCAGUGGGAGAGAUUCUGAGAAGAAGAAUUACUAGCCUCAACGUGGGCACAUUUAAAAUGCUGACACGGCCAGACUGCCCUAAGCCGGGUUCUGUGAAGCCUCCUGUCAGCGGAGUAGGAGAGCACCUGCUUUUCCACAUCCGCACACAGAGCAGAGAGUAGAGAUCUUUUAAAAUGUUUUCUACUUUGGGGAAUCAGGGCACCUCUUUGUAUUUCACGUUCCCUUGAUUAACAAUGAGGCGGAGUACCUCUCAUGCCUUCAUUAGCCAAUUGCAUCUCUUUUGCUAUGAAUUGCUUUUUUUAUAGCCUUUGCUUAUUUUUUUUUCAAUUGGAUUGUCCAUUUCCCUUACCAGUUUAUAGAAAUUCUCACAUGCAUCGUGCUAUGCAUCCCCGUGUGUUUCCUAUAUCCAUGCAUAGACUGGCUUGUGUCCUUACUGGAGUGGCACAGCUGGGAGAAUGUGAGCUGCUGGUUUCGGGAUGGAGGGACUGUUCACGGAGAAGGCAGCCAUGGUCAAGAGAAACAGACGAGAGAUGGAAAGAGGGAGUCUGUCUUCAAUCACCUCUGUGGGGUGAGGGCUGUGAUGUGUUGAGGGAAAUCACAUGAUUUGGAGAUAAACGGAUUAAAGUUCAUUCCUUACUAACUGCGAUUUUGGACAAAUUAACUUCUUAAGGCUCAGUUCCUUGUACUGUACAGGAGAUUUAAUGACAUUCACUUUAUAUAGGAUUGUUGUGUGGAAUAAAUGAGCAAAUUCAUGUCAAGGACUUGCUUCAGGGUCUGGCCCUCCAUGUUUGAGCAGUAAACAGUUUAUAGUGUGAACCCAAUAAAAGGAGACACAGAGGUGCCUUCUAACAUUUCAAAGGGCCAUGGACACAAGCUGAUGUUAGCUUACCAUAUUAUUAUCCCUUUCUCAUAAUGUACUGGAAGUCUGUGAAAUACUCCCGAAUACUCUUUGCUCAGAGUUUGGAGACUGGAACAUAGUCCUGAGUGUCAGGCCACCUCCCACUUCCACCGAUUGGCAAAUGAGGACUUUGGGGCUGGAGGUGAGGACGGGGCUCACUCAGGGUAGGGAACUGUGCGGGGGAACUGAAGGGAGAAAGGCAGAAGUUGUCUCCACCAUGGCUGGAACAAAGGCACUUCUGACACUGGAAAACUUCAUUAAUGGAAUGUUUGUACCUUGUAACUCCUAUAUCGAUUCUUAUGAUCCAUCUACGGGGGAUGUAUACUGCAGAGUGCCAAACAGUGGAAAAGAAGAGAUUGACGCCGCGGUGGAGGCGGCCAGAGCAGCCUUCCCCGGCUGGGCGGCCCGGAGCCCGCAGGAGCGCUCGCAGGUGCUGCACCGGCUGGCCGAUCUGCUGGAGCAGUCCCUGGAGGAAUUGGCGCAGGCGGAAUCCAGGGACCAAGGGAAAACCAUAACACUGGCAAGAACCAUGGACAUUCCCCGGUCUGUGCAGAACUUCCGGUUCUUCGCCUCCUCCAUCCUGCACCACACAUCAGAGUGCACGCAGAUGGACCACGUGGGCUGUCUGCACUACACGGUGCGGGCCCCUGUGGGGAUCGCCGGUCUGAUCAGCCCCUGGAAUUUGCCACUCUACUUGCUGACCUGGAAGGUGGCACCAGCCAUUGCUGCUGGCAAUACGGUGAUAGCCAAGCCCAGCGAGCUGACUUCGGUGACUGCGUGGAUGAUGUGCAAACUCCUGGAGAGAGCAGGUGUCCCACCAGGUGUGGUAAAUAUUGUGUUUGGGACAGGGCCCAGGGUCGGCGAGGCCCUGGUGUCCCAUCCGGAGGUACCCCUCAUUUCCUUCACGGGGAGCCAGCCCACAGCCGAGCGGAUCACACAGCUGAGUGCUCCCUACUGCAAGAAGCUCUCCCUGGAGCUGGGGGGCAAGAAUCCCGCUAUCAUCUUUGAGGACGCCAACCUGGAAGAGUGCAUUCCAACGACUGUCAAGUCCAGCUUCGCCAACCAGGGUGAAAUCUGCCUCUGUACCAGCAGAAUCUUUGUCCAGAAGAGCAUCUAUAGUGAAUUUCUGGAGAAGUUCGUAGAAGCUACCAGAAUGUGGAAAGUUGGCAUUCCCUCUGAUCCGUCGGCCAGCAUGGGAGCUCUAAUAAGUAAAGCUCAUUUGGAGAAAGUCAGAAAUUACAUCAAAAAAGCCCGGAUGGAAGGGGCCCAGAUUCUGUGUGGUGAGGGGGUGGACACAUUGAGCCUCCCCCGCAGGAAUCAAGCAGGAUACUUUAUGCUUCCCACAGUGAUAACAGACAUUAAGGAUGAAUCUUGCUGCAUGAAGGAAGAGAUAUUUGGGCCAGUGACAUGUGUUGUCCCCUUUGAUAGUGAAGAGGAAGUGAUUCAAAGAGCCAACAGCGUUAAAUACGGACUGGCAGCCACAGUGUGGUCCAGCAACGUGGGCCGUAUCCACCGGGUGGCUAAGAAGUUGCAGUCAGGCUUGGUCUGGACCAACUGCUGGCUCAUCAGAGAGCUCAACCUGCCUUUUGGGGGGAUGAAGAGUUCUGGGGUAGGUCGAGAAGGAGCCAAGGACUCUUAUGAAUUUUUCACUGAAAUCAAAACCAUCACCAUUAAACACUGA